UUUUUUUAUUUAACUCAAAUUCGAUUUUGGACCAGAACCCAUCACGUGAAAUAUGUUUAGAUUUAGAAAACUAAUUAUAAAUAUAUAUUUUAUUUAUUUAUUUUUAGAGUAGUCUCUCUAAUAAUAUUAUUAUAUCACAUGGUCUUAAUAUUUCAACCCCGUCAAGAAAGAAAGACUCAGUAGACUCACGUCGCCACCUGCUCUUUGUCUGUUUACUCUUUGUUUCAACGAUUCCUCUGUGAGAAGAAAAAAAAAUGCUAAUGGGCAACUGUGAUAAUGAGAAGAUGGUACUCAUCUCUUCAUCAACUACUAACGAAUGGCCACAGAAUCAUAUAGAUGAUCAGAAUAAGGCUUUGUUGAACAUGGCUUCAUCAGAUCAUCAUGGUAGACCAACAAUGGAGAAACAAAGCCAAGAACAACUCCAACAGCAACAACAGCAACAACAGCAACAAGGUUUAGCGCUUAAGUGUCCGCGUUGUGAUUCUUCAAACACAAAGUUUUGCUACUACAACAACUACAGUUUAUCUCAGCCCAGGCACUUUUGCAAAGCUUGUAAACGUUACUGGACAAGAGGCGGAACCCUAAGAAACGUACCGGUCGGCGGUGGCUGCCGUAAGAACAAACGCGUUAAAAGGCCAUCUUCAGGCACGGCCAACUCCGAUGGAUCUGGAGCUAAUUCUUCUUCUUCUUCAGCUAACAAUAAUUCACACCCCGGUUCAUUAUUAGGUCAACCCCACCAGAUCGAUUUGUCCUCGACUUCACACAUGAUCAGCCCUCUGUUUUAUGGGUUACCCGGUAACCCUAGUUCUGAUAUGAGCCACGUGCUUCCGUUUUCCAGGUUCAUGAACAGUACUACUUCUGGGUACGAUCUACAUGAUCAGCCUCAGUUGAUCAAUGCUCUUGGGUUAGGUUUUUCAUCAUCAUCACCAGCAGCAGCAGCUGGGAAUAUUAAUGAUAGUGAUCAUCAUUAUCAAAAUGGCUUCAGUAGUACUACUACUCCCAAGUAUAUCCAAGAUAUUGUCUCCUCGAACUCGCUUUUCUCAACUUAUAAUUCUCUUUUUAGUGCUAGUACUCCAUUAUCUUCGGCUACCGGGGCUUCUCCAACGAUUGCUUCUUUGUUUGCUUCUAAAUUCGCAAAUGGUGGUCUCAAAGACUCUAGAGGGCCCAUGAACCACUUUCAUCAGCCAUUAACAGUGCCUUUUGAAGACCUUCACAUAGGCAACGCAGCCGCCGCCAACGGUGGUGGUGGUGAAGACUUGAAUUUGAGUACCAAACAAGCUGUGAAGUUGGAAGAUCACGGUCAGCGAAGGUUUGAUUGGAGUAGUAGUGCUGCUGCUGCUGCUGAUUGUCAGAAUCAGACGGAGCAAAUUGGCUUAUCACCAUCAGAUCCUUCUCUUUACUGGAAUCCAACGGUGGCAGUUGGCACUAACUGGCACGAUCCAACGAACAGUAGUAUCGGGUCUUCAGUUCCUUCUCUGAUCUAGCCAAAGCCUUACUAUAUAUAUCCCUCUUUCUUUAAAGUCAUGAUGAUCUUUUUGGGUAUUAUACUCUUAGUCUUUAGGUUAUCUUUUUUCUUGUUUGUAGCCAAGUUUCUUAUGGGGGGUUCAUACUGGUCGGUGUGGUUUCAUUAAAGAACACAAUUUUAUAUAGAUAAGCAAAACAGAUGGGAGAUGAGCUGGGAUCGGAGCGAUCAUGUCAGCAGCAAAGAUUGAUCAUCAGCCUCUUGUUUUAUUAUUCAUCAAGGUUGAAAGAAUCCUUAAUUUGCGCUGAGAGGAACCUCGGAUCCUUAUAUCUGUCUCAUCGUCAUCGUCAUCCUCAUCCUCACAAUCAACCUACAAAGAGAGUUUGAAGGUUUUUCCUUGAACAAUCCUUAUAAUUUGAUUAUUACUAAGUUGUGUUUUAGUUAUUAUUACAUAUAUGUUGUAUGUAUAUAUAUGCAUGACAUCGUUUUAAUUCCUUCUAAUGUAUUUGUUAGUGAUUAGGUUUCAAUUGGGCUUGGGGGUAUAUGUUGUAGUCCUCAUUAAAUCAUCUCAUGAUGAGGAACUAAUAAUUUUUUCAUUUUUUUUUCACUUUUUUUUAUGUUGGGGGAUUGGGUAUAAUGGUAUAAAAGAGAGGGGGAUUCGUUAUCUCAAAUUUGCUACUUUUAGUUUCAUGUUGUUGGUUUUAGUAUAGUAGUAUAUAAGUCUGUUUUUUUCUUUCGGUGUUAUAAUAUUAAUUGGUGAAAUUUUUCAAAGUUUAA